GCCCAAAGGAUCGAGUCCGGAGGAUCGAGGCCGGUGUGUGUGUGUGUGUGUGUCUACAACGUGUCGGUCUCGGCCCUGGAAUGAUCGAGGAGUCCGCUCAUCGGAGACGGACACCGGGGGAAGGACUCACACUGUCCCGGGACAACUGUUACAGCUCCGAGCGGCGGGUUAUUAUCCCCGAUCACCGGCGGUAAUGACCGGUAAUGACGGCUCGCGGUGCGGCUCGUGUGUCCCUGUCAGCCGGGGGAUGGUGCCGAGGAGCGCGCGGUGCUGUGGAGGAAUCCUGAGCACACACCACGGAUAAUACGUGACGAGACAGUGACAUUACUGGGGAGGUGCGCCAUGUUCCCGAUGCACCUGCACCUCCAGGAAAUGAACGGGGAUCCUGAGCAUUGACGGUCAUAGUAUUUAUCAACCUGCUUUACCUUCCCUGCUACAACAACCACAUGUGCGACCAUUCUCCACCAGCCUGAUCACUGCUGCCUCAACCUCGUCUUUAAGCCAAUGAAUCAAAUGCCAUUGUAAGGACCCGUGUCACGAGGAGCUCGACACCGCAUCAGAUGCUUUUAUUUUGACACGAGUGUCUUUUCUUUACACUGAGGACCAAGGUGUCUUCAUCCAUCCUUUAGAGGGGUGCUGGAGUUGAUCCCAGCUCACAUUGGGUGAGAGGUGGGAUACAUUUUGGACCGGUGCACGCCCAAUUAACCUAACCCCAAUCUGCAUUUCUUAAUACUGUGGGAGGAAGUGAAAAACUCCACAAAGAAAGACCCCAGCCCUACUGUGGUCAAACUGCGACUAACCACCGUGGUGCCCCGGUGUCUUCAUGUGACAGCUAAUACAAUAUUCCUCCCCACCUAAAUCCUCAUUAACCUGUGGAAUGCUCGAUCUCAAGAUGAAGGAGACGUGUCGCAUUUGUGGCCGGGAGCUCUGCGGCAACCAGAGGCGAUGGAUCUUCCACCCCGCCCCCAAGCUCAACCUCCAGGUGCUGCUGUCCCAUGCCCUGGGGCAAGAGCUGACCCGGGACGGCAGAGGGGAGUUUGCCUGUUCCAAGUGCAUCUUCAUGCUGGACCGCAUGUACCGCUUCGACACGGUUAUCGCCCGCGUGGAGGCCCUGUCCAUCGAAAGGUUGCAGCGGCUCCUGCAGGAGAAACAUCGGCUGAGGCAGUGCAUCGGUGGACUCUACCGGAAAACUAACUCAGAAGAGGGAGCAGUUACAGUUGCUGGAGGUAAUGAAGUGCCAGGCGAGGGCAUGGUGGACAUUUCGGGUCUCACUCAUGCAAAGUACUGUGCCCUGCUGCAGGAUGACCUGGUCUACUCUUUGUACGAGUCCUGGGCUGACGACAACCCAGACUGUCAACAACACCACCACCCACAGUGUCCUGCAGGACCAGGGUCAGAGAUUACAGUCGCAGGCUCACAGCGCUGUUUGCCCGGCACUCCCAGGAGAUGUCGAGGAUGUUCCCACUGGCGGGUGGCAGACUCUGACUAUGAAGCUGUUUGUAAGGUGCCCAGGAAGUUGGCAAGGAGCAUUUCAUGCGGGCCAUCCACCAGAUAUUCAGCCAGUUUUAUUGGAGUAGGAGCUGGUGGAGAAAAAGACCUAGAAAGUGUUGACGAUUCAGAAGAGCAUCCUUCCUCUCUCACUCUGGUCCCCGGUUCUCAGGACCCCUCGAGGACAUCAGACAGUGAUCGAACCCUGGCCGGACGUAUCAGCUCCAGCCUCUCUGUAGCAUCCCUGGAGACGGCUGAGGACUACCUCCAGCCUGGGGCCAUAACAGAUGGUCCUCUGAGGUCCCCCAAGGACCCCAUAGAUGACCAGUUAUUUGACUCCCUCUCUGAGGAGCACAUGGGAGCCCCACAUGGUCAAGUCUCACCUGGGCCCAGCCUCUCUACGGCCCUCUGUUUUCUGCAGAGCUGUGCCAUCUACAGGCCAGUCCGGAGCUCUAAGGGAAGCAAGCUGCCAGUGCUCCUCCGGAAGAGCUCCAGUAACGGAGCCAUGAGGCUGGGAUUCUCUGAUUCUGUCCUCGGAAUGCCGUAUGGAACUCCAGACAGAGAAAGUUACAUCCUGAUGUCAACACCUGAGCUGGAGACCCCUCUGACCAGACUGAAUCAGAACUUCAACCUGACUGAUGUGGAGGAUAUAUUAGAAGAUCUGUACAAAGAGUAUCCUCGCCCACCUCCUCACCAGAGCCUUGUUGAGGAGCAGCAAAGCCAGCUGAACCAGUAUGAGUGUGCGGCCGGUCAAUGUGUCAACGAGCUGCAGAAGGCCCAGCUCCACGUUCAGUCUCUGCAGGCCAAGAUCCACGAGAGCGAGGCCAACAAUAUGAGGCUGCAGGAGAACCUGAAAGAGAUGGAGUUUGAGCUGCGUUCACUUCGCCAGGCGGCUCAGAGUCAAGAAAGAACCAUCCAGGACCUGUCCGAGUCAAUGAGCACAAAAGACAGUGAGGCUCAGGAGCUGUAUCAGAUGAUUGAAGGGCAGAACGCCACCCUGUGCAAGCUGCAAGAAAUAGUCCACCGCAACCAGCUCACUCAACGCAAGGUUCAGGAGGGGGCCAGCGAGUCCUUGACACUCGCCCAUCUGCAGAAUGAGCUGGUGGGGGUGCAGAGCUCCCUGUUCUCCCUCGGUCUGGAACUGGAGGCCAGCCAGAGGAGUCUCAGACAGAACCAGCGGCAAGGGGACGACUUGGAGAGGUUCAAGGACAGACUGAACUCUGAUCUGCAGGAGGCGCUGCAGCACCGGGAGGUCACCGAAAAACACAACCAGGACCUGCGCUGUGCCCUCCAGAAAACCCGCUGUGAGCUUCAGGCUAAAGAAGCAGCGCUGAAGGCGAGCGAAGCUGAGAAGCUCACUGUGGUGCUGGAAAAAGAAAGAGGCCUCGAACAGCUCAAACACUGCCUGAAGGACAAGGAGCAACAGUUAGAGGACUACUCAGACAUGUUGGAUUCAACCGCAAGCUCCAAAUCAAGAGAUGCUCUGCUGGAGAAACUAAAAGAGCGUAUUAAAGACAGAGACAGAGCUCUGGAGCGCUCCAUUGAUGACAAGUUCCGCAGUGUGGAGGAGCGCGAGGCCCAGGUGAGGGGGCUGCAGCUGGCUCUCAGGGAGAAGGAGCGAGACUCGGAGAGGCUGAGCUGCAUCCUGUCCAACAACGAAGAGACCAUCACGAGUCUGGACGGUUUGGUGCGAGGCAAAGAGCUGGAGCUGGAGCAGGCGGCCGAGGCCUACAGGAACCUCCAGUGGCUGAAGCAGCAGAGUGAGGAGAAGGAGAGAAACACUCUGAGAGAAAAGGAGACCAUCAUCAACCAGCUGCAGGCGGCCCUGCAGAGCCGCAGCCAGGAGGCUCAGGAUCUGACAGCCGCCCUCGUUGCCCGAGUGCAGGCCGGUCCCACGGAGGUUGUGGAGGAGCUGAAGGCUCGGCUGGUGCUCAAAGAGAAACUGUUCCAGGAGCUGCUGUCAGACCGCACCCGCCUGUCGAGUGAACACCAAGCACGGGUCCAGGAUCUGUUCAACACUCUGAGCUCCAAAGACCAGUAUCUGCAGGAUUACUCCUACAGACUGUCCUUAGUGAUCAAUGAGCGGAGCGGCCAGCUGCAGGAGCUACGCAGACAGAUGUUGCUACGAGAGCAGGAGCUGCACGAGCUGAGACGGGACAAGGAGAGGGAGAUGGGAGGAGAGAAGGAGCACCUGCAGAGUCUGCUCAAAGAGAAGGAAGCUUUUAUCAAGGAGCUGAUGCAGGGUCAGGAAGAGGCAAUGCAGCUGUCUUCUAAAGAGAGUGAGGCAGAGAUGAAGACCCUCCAGGAGGAGCUGCAGCUGGUCCUGAGGAAGGAGAGAGAGGCUCAGGAGGAGCUCUCUGCUCUGCGUUUGUCUUUAGCUCAGCAGCAAGUCGAAGGAGUGGCCACAAAAGACGUCUCUGAUCCCCAAGGUGUGCUGGAGCAGCUUGUCUCAGAGUACAACAAGCUGAAUGAUGCCCUGAGGGCAGAGAAGAGAUUAUACCAAAAUCUCAUGCACAUGCACACCAAGAGUGACAGCAGCUCAGAGGCGAGGCAGGCCCUCCACACUGAGCUCGACUCGGUUCAGGCGCUGCGUGGACAGCUGGAGGAAGUGCUGGCCAGGACCCGUAGCAUGGCGUUGGUGCUGGAAAGGGCGGCCAAACGGCAGCCCGACUUUGGAGAGCUCAGCACAGAGGAGGAGGAGGAAGGAGACGCUGAAGAUGGCAGCAGUGACGAGUUCUCGGACAGCAUAGAGGAGGAUGAGGAUAAAGUGACGGCGAAAAGUUUGUCCUCCGUUCAGGCUUCUGUGACGUCUCCUGAAGCCGAGGCUGUGACUGCAGGGCUGGUGAGGGCUUCACUGUCCCAGGGAGCUGAUCUAAAGCAGCUCGAGGAAGAAAAGAAGACACUCGAAGUCCAGCUCGAGGAAAUAAAGUCCCAGCUGGAAAGGGAUGGAUACACAUCUGUGGCCCAGAUGAGGAGUGCAGUGCAGAGGCUGCAGGAGGAGAACCAGGCUUUGAAAGAAGGAAAAGCUGGAGCCUUGGGACUGAGGACAAACACAAAGGAGAGUCACAGAAGCCAGAACUGGGAAGUAGAGGAAGAGGAGGACGAAGAGGAGGACAUCGAGGAGGACAUUCAGGAGGACGAGGAGGAGGAGGAGGAGGAAGGUGAAGAGGAGGGGAAGUGUUCGGUGCUGGUUGGGAAGCGAGGUCCUCCGUGUGUUAAUGUGAGUGAGGAGCAGGGGAAGAGGCGCUGCACAAGGCCAUGCUCCCUGGACCUCGGCACGCUGACAUCCCAUCAUUACACACACCAGGAGGUGGAGCCUGAUGGUGACAGCAGCGAGGUGGGAGCGCCCUGGCAGGAUGUAGACGAGGGUCUCGGCGAGCAGACGGCCCGCCUGCGCUCGGACCUGGCUCUGAGCCACCAGGAAAACCGAGAGCUGCAGGAGAGACUGAUGGUGUCUGAGGCCACGGUCCACGCUCAGGCGGAGCAGCUGAAGGACUACAGAGAUCUGCUCACGGAGACGUCGGUGCAGCAAGCCAAUAAGCAGGUGCAGGUGGAUCUUCAGGAUCUGGGUUAUGAGACGUGUGGUCGCAGUGAGAACGAAGCUGAAAGAGAAGACACCAGCAGCCCCGAGUUUGACGAUCUGGAGAUGUGCACGUCACUGUCCCAUCAUCAGGACUAUGAUGGUGCAGGCAGCAGCUGGUUCGCUGGUAACUGCAGUAGUAACAGAGGAACUUAUGAAAUGGGGGAUGACGCCUCUGUCCAAAAUCUGGUCCUGGAUCUGCGCUCACAGCUGACCCGCUGCCAUAAAGUGAUCCGUGGGCUGCAGCUGCGUGUGCGCUCCCUGUCUGCCACCAGCGACUACGCUUCCAGUCUGGAACGCACACCCCGAAAGGUGAACUGGGCCUUUGAGAAGUCACCAGCCCCCAGCGGCGUUGAGGAGGAUGAGGGCUGGAUGUCUGACACCCAAGGGAUUCGCUCAGGGCCCAAACCCAGCAGGGAGCUGCAGGAGCUGAUGGAACGAGUCACGUCACUGGAGGCACAACUGAAGAGCUCCAGACUGGAGGGGAAAGACCAAGCAGAAGAGAAAUGUGCCACCUGGCCUGGGAAGUACAACUCUCUGAUCCAGGCUCAGGCUCGUGAGCUGUCCCACCUGAGGCAGAGGACGAGAGAGGGGCAGGGGGUCUGCCAUAUCCUCACCCAGCACCUGGGGGACACCACUAAGGCCUUCGAGGAGCUGCUGCGAGCGAACGAUAUUGAUUACUACAUGGGUCAGAGCUUCAGAGAGCAGCUGGCACAGAGCUCUGCCCUGGCACAAAGAGUGGUCACCAAGAUCAGCGGACGCGACCGAGCAGAUAGCCAUGAUGACAAAGCGGGCCACGAGCUGCUCGCCCUGAGGCUGAGUAAAGAGCUGCGGCAGAAAGAUAAAAUCAUUGAGUCGCUUCACACCAAGCUGCAGGAGCGUCCUGAGACCCCGUCCAGCUGCCACGCCCUCUCCGAGACCACCGACCAAUCAGACAGGACCUCCUUGGUGUCCGACGACUGCAGGACCAAUGAGGACCUGGACCUGUGCUCGGAUUUAGACAGCAGAGAGUAUCAGGAGGAGCACCGGCUGCAGCAGCCAGGACACGGAUCAGAACCAGACGUCCGUCCAUCUUUCCCUCCUCCUCAUGGCCUCCUCAAGUCCUCCAGCAGCUGUCCCAACAUGCAUUGCUAUGCCCCUGUGGCUUGGACCAGUCAGACCUCCAGAGGCUUUGCACUUCCCCAUGACAAGACCCUGUUCACCCCCUUCAACAACCACAGCCAGCACGACCACUCCAGCUACAGCCUGCUUUCCCAUCAUGCCUUUCAACAGCACCAGCUGGGUGGCAUCCCUGAAGGCCACCCUCUUAAAUCUGACUCAGGUCCAGUGUCAGGCGGGAAUUUGUGGGACAUGGAGAACCUGGUUCAGCAAGCUGGAAGCUUUCCUGGAUCAUCCGGGCACCAGCCAGGAAGCAGCCACACAGGGGUGAAUUUGAUAGAGGAGCACCUGCGGGAGGUGAGGUGUCUCCGUCAGCGUCUUGAAGAGUCCAUCAGGACAAACGAGAGGCUCCGCCAGCAGCUGGAAGAGAGACUGGCCAGCAGCGGGCGAGACGGAGGGGCACCAACAAACAUCUACAUUCAGGGACUGGAUACAGUUCCUCAACUGUCCAACGAGAUCAGAGUCCUGAAGCAAGACAACCUGGUUCUCCAGUCUCGCCUGCAGGCCAGCACAGGUACAGAAUCUGAAAUCCAACUGAAGCCUUCUCCUUUGUUUUUCUUUGUAUGUGUGUUAACUCGUGUGGACUCUCCUCGUCCCUCAGACACGUGUGAGGAAGUUGUACAGUUGCGUGAGGCCGUGUUUACCGCACGGGCCCGUCUGAAGCAGGCGGAGCUGGAGGCCGAGCAGUGGAAGGAGGAGCUGAGACGCCUUCAGACUCACAGUCAGGAGCAGGGACAGCAGAUACACACAAUGAGACAGGAGCGACAGGACAGUCAGGAGAGAACCAACAGGCUCCAGCAUGAGGUCUGUCUCCUGCAGCAGCAGCUAUGUGAGAGCAGGGAGCUCAUCCACUCACUGCAGAGUGAACUGCAAGUUUACGAUCGAGUGUGUUCCAGCGCAAAGGCCAGCAAAGGCUACCUGCGUGAGCUCCCAGGUCUACCAGUGGAGCUGGGGGAGCUGCUGGGGGAGGUGAGGAGUCUGCGGGCACAGCUGCAAACCAGCGUCCAGGAGAACAGCGCCCUCAAACAACUGGAGCUCCACAAGCAGCUGGAGCAGAAGCUGGGUGCCGGCUCCCCUCGGAUGCCCUCCCUCUCUGCCCUCACCGCCAGCCCUCAGAGAGAAAACUUCUACAGACGUCAGCUGCUGCACGAUCCAGCUCCGUCUCCACCGGUCAGGGACAUUGGUCUGUUUAACUGUGGAUCGCCCGGUCCUCCCUACUCAGACCUGGACGACAGCCAUAGCACUGCUAAUGCAGAUACUCUGGACCCUCACUCUGAGCUUGAGGGGGAGGCCCCCGACGGAUCAUUUGCAAACCGAAACGGCCGCCACACCAUCGGUCAUGUGGACGACUUCAGCGCUCUGCAGCAGCAAGUCCUCGAGGGUCGGAGCCUCGUCCAGCGCAUGGAGACGACCCUGCAGGCCUGCCUGGGCCCGCCGCUGGAGAGCCACGAGAAACAGAGCGGUGAACUGGUUCUGGAUUAUGGAUACGUGAAGAGUCUGCUGUCCAACACCAGGACGCUGAGGCAGAUCCUGGAGGAGUCGUUGUCUCUGCUGAAGAUGUUCUGGAGAGCAGCUCUGCCCAGCACUGAUCCCUCCGUCCACAACCUCAAGAAGGAGCAGUGUAUGCACGAAGAGAUCUUGUCCUUGAGACUGCGGAUGUCGGAGCAGGAGGAGGUUCUAAAGGGGACGGUUCAGAGACUGAGGAGCACCAGCCGCACCAAGGAAAACAUGGAGCACUUCAUAGUCAAUCAGUUGUCGAGGACUCGAGAUGUGCUGAAGAAAGCAAGGACAAAUUUAGAGAAGAAUGAGCUGAGACUUUCCUCUCUAAGCUCCUCCUCUUCCUCUCCUUAUGCUGCUGAGGACCCAGGAGGUGCUGCCAGAGUAUGGCCUGCUGAUCGCGGUCUCCUGAAGACCAGCAGUGCCAUUCUGCGUCCGGCCACGAGAAAGCGCAGCAGCGAGUGCCUGCUUUAGACUUUCGAUAAGAACCAGCCUCAACCCUACCAGCUCUCUGACCUCUGUGCUCCAACAGCCAAGACCCCUCAAGCUCCUCCCUGUUUUCCUCCCCAGCCUUUGCCAUAAGAGUGCUUCCGUCCAUCCCUCCCUCGCCCCUCUGGGCAACACGUGCACAGCAUUAUCUGCACCUCGAGCCUUACCCCCCCCUCCCCCCCCCCCUCCCCCAACUACCACCAUGUAUGAUUGUCUAUGAGUGAUGCUGGCAGCAGUUUACCUCGUGUGUGUGUGUGACAGAAGAAGGUGUGUGAAAUGUGCCUCUGAUGGAUUCAGUGACCUAUGUCCUACUGAUGGAGCUGGUUGAAGAUGCUCUUAACACGCGGAUCUCAGUCACAAUAUAUCUUUGUUGUGACCAGACUUUUUGUUAAUCAUCGGAAUUUGGGUUAGUGCCAAAAAAUACACAACAGACAAAGAGUUUGCAUUGGAGAAUUUAGAGAAAUUUUGAGAACUGAAAGUUUAAGAGCAUCCUCUCCUGACAGCCAGACAGCCUGUGGACAGACAAGUUGUUCAUGCAUGUUCGAAAUGGCCUGUGGGGGAAUUCUGCACACAGCUCACUCAAAGACAAGACACCCUCAACCACCACUGCCACAGAAAUGUUAAUCCCCCCCCCCCCCCGGUGGCACACCUACUAAGAAGGACAUCUUCUUUUCUUUUGUGCAAAUGCAAUGCAAAGAACAAUGACGCCCACAAUGUAUCACUAGUCGACACAGUGGAGGAAUGUAGAGGAGGUGGGCGAUCACUGCUACGUAGAUUGAGUGUAGGAAGCUCAUGAAUGACAUGUCAGCCAAGGGUUGUGAACAGUAGAAGAAAAAGCCAGAGGACGGUUCCAUUUCAGUCACAAGACUCGGCCUUUCGCUCCUGACGGGGCUUUCGGCACCAAAGUGCGGCUGUAAGAGAAAACAGCCGAGUUGAAUUAAUUAAAUUCUUGAGGCUGCUUUCUGUUCAGUUGGAUGUGAUUUCUACAGAGAGGUCAAAGUGCUCAAAUGGAACCAGGCUAAACGCGUAUUCAAGCUCCUCUGUAGGAGUUCUCAUACGAGCAUGUGCAAUAAAAACGUUUUUUCUUGAAUGAUCAUGCUGCACCAGGUUAUUAUUAUGAAUAUUUCUUUGCCUGACACUGGAUUAUUAGUCACACUCAUUAUAUUACGACACUUUCAGUAUAAUGACUGUACUUUUUUUUCUGGAGUGUUGUUGCAUGAAAGAGAUUGAUAAACGGAAGAAAAAAAUCUGAGCUAUGGAACAGUGGGUUGGCCAUCCUUGCCGGAGUUUGAAAUUGGAACUCUUAUUUCACUUUGACUUGCCGUAUCCAUGCGAAUGACGAAUUGUCUAAACAAACUGUUUUUGAAGCGGAUCUAGAGCCACAGAGACGGUAACCGUUAACACACGUGGUUUGAUUAAUUUUUCGAAUUGUGCGACAAUUUGGACCAAAACUUAACAGUGGAUUUUUUCUGCUUUAGUCUUUAUGGUCUUUCUUUUUAGUUCAGGCCGUCUUAACAUUCCCAUGGUAAUGGCAAUACGGGUUAUUGAGUUCUUAUAGAUGACAAACUUUGGCAGGGUAUUGGUGUGAUCUUUGUUCUGUUAUUCACUCACUCCUAUCACUUCGAUUUAACAUUAAGUUUGAUGUGUUGUCUUGCUGUACAUUUGCCAUUUUAUGCUGUAAAUAACCGUUUUUUUCUGUAUGAGCUUCUUUUUGUGUGUGUGUGCGUGUGUGCACGUGUGUGUGCCUGAGUGUGUGAAAAAACAUCCAACAUUUGCUUUUUGCAAAGUUGAUCAUCUGGGUAGCUGUGCAAUAGCUUUAUGUAUUUUAUUUUGAUGUUAAACAUCAUUGUAUAACACGUUUGCUACAUUCACCCCCUGCGGUGUAUGAGUCAUAUGCAGUGUGUGUUAGAGGAUUGUGUCACUUUGACUCGAUUAGUCACAUAGAUAGGAAAUCCUCAGCAAAGCCUUUGUGACAUGUCACAGUGUUGUUCACAGAUAACAAAGCUCUGGUUAAUGUUGCUUUGCUCGCCUUUAAAUUUAGCCCCAGAGCUUCUACAGCCUGCUCUCAGUGGUAGAAUUGGCCUUGAACUAGUGCUUGUCUAUCUGGAAUCUGCCAAUUUAGGUUUUAUUUGCGCUCAAGUCCUCUGAAAAAGACUAAAGAUGCCAAGUAUUUCAAUAGCUUCAUAUUUCCUAACGAAAUUAAUGAAGUUAAAGGGAAAAUGUUUUAAAGAUUUGUCUACUGUAAAAAAAAACAACAGAAAAGCCAAUGACUGGAUCGAUUGUGAAACGCUGGAUCCACAAAGCACCUUUUUAGAGCGUAAACAAAGCCUUAUUGCUAUUUAAUAAGAAGGGAAUCAAACGGCAGUUUGAAACGAUGUUUUGCUGGUCCUGAGUUGCGUAUGUAUAUACAGCUUUUUGAUUGGUGCAGCUUUUAUGUGAAUUGAAAGCAGAUUUUCCUGAUUUGUUGUAAAAUGAACUAGAAAGCCGAUGCAGGACAUAUAUGGAUCCUGUCUCUGAUGACAGUUAACAGCGUGUUGAGUAUUAGCAAUGAAAGAUUUUGGGACGAAUAAAUAAACUACUUAAAAUCUU